CAUUUUAGCGAAUCAAUUGAUAUGAGACCGUCUUUUUCAAAAACAAAACCUGGAUCAAAACGUUCUGCAGAAAAAACAAGUGUUAAAAAACCUAUAAAAAAGAAGCAGAAUAAAAUGAAUGCGUCAUACAGAGAUAAUAUCAGCGAACGCUUGAGAUCAGAAGAUUUUGAUGUUGAAGUAUUUAAUUCGCUAACAUUCAGACAAGGAGAUGGCGUUGUGACAAUAAAGACGCCUUUUGAAGAAAAAGGAAAGGAUCUUUGGGUGCUAAGUCAUUAUAAGGUUACUAACAUCGAGAAUGUACCAGUAAAGGACAGAUGGAAGUUCAGUGAAGCUACUUUUAGAUUGUACACGACCGACGAAUCAAAAGAUCAAACACUUCAUACUGGUCUUAAUGAGACAAUGCAAAUUAUAUUUGAUAAAUUACUAACCGAUCCAAAGCGUUAA